AUGGUUGCGGUUAUCCAAUCUCACUACCUUUUGAUCUGUUUUGUGUUGCUGAUUGUGACAUCCCAAGGAAUAUCCAAAUCGGUUCAGGAAAUCUUGGAUGAUGACAUCAGGCAGUUCCACAAGAACACACAACCCAAAGAUUCUGGAUUUGAAGAAUUUGCAGUCACUCAACUAAUAGAGAAGGGCUUUGGAGAUGGUGAAAUACCGUUUGUGAGUGCUUCAGUACACCGUCGGAAACGCUCCUUGGAAAAGUCAAAACAGAAAUUGUCGGUGGAGUUUAAAGCUUUUAAUGAAACAUUCACCAUCGAUGUUCAACAUCAGAAAUCUGUUAUACAUCCCAACGCCAAAGUCAUCCUAACUAACGGAGAGAAAGAAAACGAAUGGUUUGGUCCACACCCUGAUUGUUUCCUCACCGGAAAUGUGACGUCACACACCACCGGGACUGUAUCCUUAUCCUACUGUCAUGACAUGGAAGGCAGUAUGUGGGCCAUGGAUCAUGAAUAUCACAUAAUGACUUUGCCAAGACACCUGCACAAGCGAGAUACAUCCAGCGGGAUAACUCAUUCAGUGCUAGUUUCAAGGAGGCACAUCGGAAACAUUCCAAGUUAUUCGCUAAAUCUUCAAAAAGAUUCAAUCGAAAUCAAAGAGGAAUCAUCAUAUCGAACCAAACGUAAUACUUACGUCAUUCCGUCUACGUCAUUCACGAUGGAGCUGGCAGUAUAUACAGACGCCGACUUUACGUCCCUCUUCACCUACUCUGACGUUUCACGCAGGAUCAACGCCAUUGCAACCAAAUAUAACGGGGUACAAGCUGAGUGGGGAAGAGUUGCUGACCUAGGAUAUACUGUAACAAUCGAUAUAAAAUAUAUCAACAUGUUUGAAGUAGACCCGAUUUGGUACAAUGUAUCCACGACACUUGGUGCAAACCUUCAACAGAUAUGUCAAGGGGCCGCCACCAGUGAACACGAUCCCUAUGACAUCGUCUUUUUGCACACUGGGGUAUCUGGAGCUAACCUUGGCGGACUGGCUUACCAAAACAAGAUAUGUAGUAACAACCAUAAAUGUGGCGUGUCUGCAUCACGAAGUCUUCUUACCUAUAUUGCAACCGCUCAUGAGAUAGGUCACAAUAUAGGGAUGUACCACGAUGAUGCCAAAGGCUGUGUAAGUCCUAAUGUAGGAGUGAUGGGAGGACAUGGAAUAGGAUGGAGUACCUGUAGCAGAGACGACAUGCAGACAUUUCUUGAGAGCGGCAAUGGUCAGUGUCUUUGGGAGACCAACAUCCCCUUGGCAAACGUUUCGGCUGAAAUUCAGAGCAUUUCCCUAACAGGAGAAUUGAUAGGCCAGACUCUCCUGCAGGACGAAGUGUGUGAAAUUCUCUAUGGCAGCGGCUUUCGGUUCCGAGAAUAUCCAAACUUUGAUAACUGUGGGCUGUUCUCCUGUGUGGACAUGAAUAGGGGCACAACCUUUGGACAGAUGUACAAAGAAGGUUCAGGCAUAGCAGGGAACUAUUGCGGCGAAGGAAUGGUAUGUUUCAAGGCAUCUUGUGUAACUCUAGCGGUUGCUGAACUGACAGGGGCAACUGUUACGGCCGGAGGCUGGUCAGACUGGGGCUCGUGGACUACCUGCUCUAGAACAUGUGGAACGGGUAUGCUGCACAGAAGACGUAUCUGUAACAACCCUAGACCAAAGAACCACGCUACAUGUUCCGGUGAUGAAUAUGAGGCAGAACUGUGCAAUACCACGCCUUGCUCGGGCGACAGCUCAGAUGAAGGUACUUUAAAGUCGGCGAGAGCCACUGAAACGUGUGAGAGAUUGUUGCAGUAUGGGAUUAUUAGUAGCACAAACUAUCUCGCUGUGGGAACUGUUUUCAGUUCUAUAAGAAUGGGUAAAUGUGAGGUAAAAUGUGACACGCAGCCGGGAUACACUGCCCCAGCAUACACAAGGUACGGGCUGAUGCCUGAUGGAUCUCCCUGUAAUGAGGCUCUACACCAGUGGGAUGAAGAUGACUGGCCUCGUAGGCCUGGGUAUGAGGACUAUUGCCUCGAAGGUUAUUGUCAAGUGUUUGGAUGUGAUAACAAAUUAAACGGACAACAGUAUGACCAGUGUGGUGUUUGCGGUGGAGAUAACUCUACUUGUCUCUUCUACAAUUCUGUGUUUGCUGAUGCUGUCGCUUCAGGUGUUCGGGUGACAAUUGUUCAGUUACCGGCAGGUUCCUUCAAUAUCCAGUUCUGGUUUACUUACAGCCAGAUGGGGGAUAAUUAUGUAGAGUUGUGGAAUAAAUACAAUCGGGCCGUCAUUGCCUCUAGGGUAGUCUACAGUUGGGUUUUCGACACAGGUAGUAGUCCUAUAUACCAUGCAGGCGUGUUUUGGUCAUUUUACUUCAACACUCAAUACCUUAUAGGAAGAGGAAUCCUCACUGACACCGUAACUAUCAAGUAUAACGCCCAUGGAAGCAACCCUAAUCUUGGAGUGAAUUAUGCCUAUUCUACACCUCUGAAUGUUGGAAGCUGUACAGGGACCUGUCAGAACGGCGGUACAUGGGACAGUUCUGUGUGUGCAUGUAUCUGCCCUUCCAACUACUAUUCGUUGGACUGCAGCACUUCUUGUCAAACAGAGUGUAGGAAUGGGGGCACUGUUAUUGAGGAUACGUGUGGUUGUCAGUGUAAUAAUCAGUCAUUUGGCGAUGUCUGCGAAACGUGUAAGGUACCAUACACGGGACAAUCAUGUCAGAGUUGUGUUGGCGCCACCUGUCAGAACUGUGGAGUGUUUGACAGCGCUACCUGUCGAUGCCAGUGUCUUGAUGGAUAUGGAGGGACGUCUUGUGAAAAAACAUGUGAAGAUAGCCGUGCCACGUGUGCUGAUGACGCUGCCGCAGGGAAAUGUGUCACGGACAACAUUAACAUGGAAGCUGACUGCCCCCUGUCUUGUGGACUAUGUGUUGCUAAGGUUCCUCCCGAUACGUGUUCAACUACCACACAAGCUGUCACCACAACAACUCCACAACCAAGCACAACAACGUGUGCGGCGGACGAGUUUAAAUGCACAAACAGUGUCUGUGUGUCUCUUAAUGUCACGUGUGACGACGUAGACGACUGUGGCGAUAACAGUGACGAAUUGGGCACCUGUAUGUCCAGUACAGGUACGAGAUGUGAGAAGAACGAAUACAUGGUCAUGGUUUAUGGUGUACUGCUAAUUAUGACCAUUAUUAAUGACAACUGGCUUUACCAUACCUCCGUUGCUUUCCUUUUUAUUUCGUUAUGUUACAAUCGAUUUCAUUUAGUAUGGAAGUUAUUUUUUCUCUUUCAUCUUGAUGACUUAGCACAACCAAGUACAACUUCCACAGUAACUCCUUCGCUUUCUACUGUAACCCCGACCACCACAACAACUUCAGAUUCUACCAGAGGUAUUACAACCACGAGGUCAAUCGUUACUACAUCGCCGAGUACUACAGUGGUUUCUUCAAUAUCCACUGUUUCCAAAAAUCAAAGUGUCACUCCAACUUCAAAUACCCCUUCCUCUACUAUCGCUUCUACUACAAAUACUUUCAGUACUCCUACUACAAAAACUUCCAUCACUCCUUCAGCCAAUACUACCAUUGCUUCUUCUACUACACCAACACCAACAGAGGACCCUGACAUUGGCGCAAAACCUCUAACAACUGAGGAAAUCUACAUCAUUGUUGGGACAAUUGCAGGGUUUGUUGUGCUCGUUCUGGGAGCUUCUGGGUACGCUUUGUACAUAAAUAGGUCGGACCCUACAUUAAGGCGAGAGAAAGGACUGUCUGGAACAGCACGACCUUAUGUUAUCCAGGAAAAGCUCGCUAAGGAAGGGUAUCAUGAAUAUGUAAGAAGUGUGUCGAUUGAAAGUCACGGAGGAAGAGACUACUUCAGUAAUGGCCGUCAAUUACAGUCUGGGUACAAUGUUUAUCCAAAAGAUGAUAUUCUUAAAAACUAUGAUUACAUUUAUUCAGGUUAACAUAAAUGAUGAAAUGUAAUAUAUUUUGGGAUAUGAAAUCCAAGUACCCUUCCUAUCCCCUUCAACUCUUAUCAAUCUUCAUUGCUAUAUUCUAAGCCAUUUUCAUCCCUCUCUACGCCAGUCUAUACUGAACAUAUUGAGAUUGUUAUAAACGUUUCCUGUAAUUUUCU